UCAAAAGUGCGUAAAACUAAGAUUCGUAGAUUUUGAGAAUAAUAAGCAUUAGAAAAGCGGAAAGAAAAUUGUUCAUAUUUGUAUUUUUAACAAUAAAAAAACGAAAACAAAAUGGUAUCACUGUUUAGAUUUUUUGUUAAAACUAUUGUUCUUCCAAAUGAUGAUAGCUUUAAUCCAAGCUGCUCUGCUCCCACUCCUCGAAAUACCAAUGUUACAAUACGUUUUAUGAAAGAAGAUGAUAUAGAUCAUGUUCAUAAAUUAAUAUAUAAAGGCUUUUGUGAAAAAUGGGAAUUUGCUUACAAUGAAAAAGCAUAUGAAUACAUUAAAUUCUUUUCAGUAAAUCGAUACAAGGGUGAACACAGUAAAAGGAACGAUGUUUUAGUUGCCGAAUUCGAUAACAAAGUUUUAGGAGUAUGCCAAAUAUCUGUUUACAAACCAAAUGAGAAAUUCUUUACUUUACAAUUGAUAAAACACCUUUCAAACUUUCCAUUAUGGUCUAUGAUUACAACAAUUACAUCUUCUGGAAUGGUAACUUAUCUGAAAAGACGUGAUCCGGAUGAAGCUUCUAUUGAACUUGUAACUGUUGAUGAAAAGGCAAGAGGAUUAGGCAUUGGUGACCAGCUGUUAACUAAGGCACAUGAUGUAUGCCGAGAAAGAAAUAUGAAUAAAGUUUCGCUUAUAGUUGUGUUAUCGAACGUUUAUGCUAGAAGACUUUAUGAACGUCAUGGCUAUCGCACUUUAAAAAUUCAUAUUACUUGGAAAAUGUUUUUAUGGGGAACAGAGGGUUGUUAUAAAAUGGAAAAGAAGCUUAAUUAGUUGAAGGUCAAAACACAGAUUUCAGAAGAAAUAGAAGAAAAUUUAAUUAUCUUUUUAUGAUCAUAACAUCAAUUAAAAAUAUGGAAUGAAUUAUCAUGGCCCUAAACGUCGGUAAGACAGACGGUAGGUAUGCUUUCCAAAGAGACGAGCGCUCAAGUGUUGAAUUGCUACUAUAAAAAUAAACCGAUUAAUCAUAUAUCAAAAAAAAUUGGACGUUUAACUAUUGAUAUGAAAGAGUAAUUGUACUAAUUCCCUUAUGUUUGUUCCUAUACUUCUCAAACGUAUUUGCAGUAGGAUAUUUUAUAAAAUAAUCGUUAUCAGUAUUCUAUAUAAAUGUAGUUGAUGGUAAUAAUGCUUACAUAGCGGACUCCGUACCAGAAAUUACAGAUCAAGGCAUGACCUCUUUUGAAAAAAGAGCCAGGUACCAUCCCUUUGUAUAUAAAAAAAUAUUUUAUAAUAUCUGGAACUUAUUCCCUACCCAGACUCAUGCCAACACCCAGUGCUAUCCCCAUAUAUGAUGUCACAUCAGACAUUUCAUACGAAACCGCCGUAUAUGCCAUAAAUGAUAGCUAUUAUAAUCUUCUAGCGUCCACCUCCCAUAUUAUUUUCCUCUCGCUGAACAUCAAUCCCUCGAGUAGAAUUGACAACAGCGUUACAAGCCGCAAAUUUUAUUGAACCCUACAAUAAUAUUUUCCCUAACACUCAUAUUAGAGUAUUUAUCGAUAGUAAAAUCGUCUUCAGCUAUCUGGAUAAUAGGAAACUAAAACUAUCAAAUCAUAUACGUCAUGUAGUGAAAUCACUAAUGGCCACGGAAUCAAAGUCUAUAUAAGAUCCGAAAACAUAUCCGUUGCAAAUGGGAUCAAAAGGGUGUUGAAGAGAUGCAAAUUAUGCCUUGCGAAGAACUAAACAAGAACAGUCCUGCGAAUGGCUAAUCUACCAAACUGG